AUGGGAUUGGCUUCUUGGUGUCUGUUGUUUCUUGUCUUCCUGUACUUAUUUUCUUGGAGUAGUGAAUGUGAUCAAGAGACGAAUGGAGAUCGAUACAGCUCAAAUAAUAUAAAAAGACUUAUUCCAAGUGCUAGCAAAGAAAAUCAUCAUCAUCAUCAUGGCCAUAUGCAUAUGCAUAAUGUUCAUGAUGUUGAUGAUCAUGGUCCAUCAUGGUCAUCACACACUCAUCUUGACCGUUCAAUAAUGCAACAAUCGGUUUUUCUCAACCUGAAUGACCUAAAAGUGGGUUUAACAAAGCCCAUCUAUUUUCCAAAGAAUAGGAAACCUUCUCCUCCAUUUCUAGGAAUAAGACAGGUAUUAUUAGGAGAUCCUAACUCGAUUCCAUUCUCCUCAGAACAACUUCCCAACUUUCUCAGCCUAUUCUCAGUCCCUCAAGGCUCACCACAAGCCAAAGCCAUGGAGUUCACCCUCAAAUUUUGUGAGUCUAACCCCAUAGAAGGAGAGACAAGGAUGUGUGCCACUUCUUUUGACUCCAUGCUCGAGUUCGUACGUGGCAUCCUCGGAUUGGACGGCUUGGGCCACGGCUUCAAAUUUCUCACGACAACCAUUUACAAUGAUUCCAACACCAUGUUUCAAAACUACACCGUUUUGGAUGAUCUGAGAGAGAUAGUAACCCCCAAGAUGGUGGCAUGCCAUCUUAUGGAAUUCCCUUACGCUGUGUAUGUCUGCCACAACAUGGCCAUGGAAUACAGGAAGCUCUUCAAGGUGUCGUUGAGUGUCCAAAUGGGAGACAGAGUUGAAACCAUUGUCGUUUGUCACAUGGACACCUCCAACUGGGAAUCAGAUCAUCCUUCCUUCAAGGCCCUAGGGUUUGGGCCAGGGAUGGGACCUAUCUGUCAUUUCUUUGGUGACCACACUAAUUUCGUAUGGCUUCCUUCCUAUAUUCCUCUAGUCUAG